GCAAGAUUUCAUUGUAAAAUGUUUCCGUUUUUCUAAGUUGCAAAAUACUAAGAGUUUGAAGAUUUAGAAAUUGAUAUAUUUACAUUAACAGUUUUAAUUUUAAAACUUUCCUUUAAGUAGAAGUUUUUUUCUAUUUGGAUAUAUUAAAUUCAGUUUCAGUUCUGUGUAAGUUUUAUAAAUUUAAAAUUUAUAAGAUUUAAAUUUUACGUGGAUAGCAUUUGGACUGUUCUUGAAUAUUACAACUGCACCCUACAAUUGCUACUUUUCAAAAUAAACUGUUAUAGUAGAAUGACUGCAUUUUUUUCUUAAGUCAGCCCAACAUGUUGUGAAAAACCAUCUUUAUUCGGUACAUAUGGUGUUUAACAUUUGUUACAUAUUUGUAAAAAAACAAUUAUGUCAUUGCUGGAUGAAGAACAGAAUUAAAAUUAAUAUUAUAAAAUCCUGCAUAGUCUUUAUAUUAAAAAUAACAAUCUCUGCAAAAGAUCAACACUUAUCGUUCAAAUGAGUUUAUAUCAAUUUAAGAGUAAGAACUCAAUUUUUAUGCGCAUUAUUUAAGAAUGAAUGGUAAAGCAUAAUUGUCUUCAUGAAAACGGACAUGAUUUGAUUUUAUUCGCAACGAGAAACAGCUGGUUAAUGUGUAUGCAAGUAAAAAAGUUGGAAUUAAUGUGUCUUACCUCUUGUUUUGAGUAUAAUGACACAAAGAAUGUGCUUGGACAAAUGCAAUAACUGAUACUAUUGGUACAGGAGAAUAUGUUCUAUGUUUUAGGAAGAGACAUUAAGUAAUAAUAUAAAUGUGAAGUUGCUUUUUUACUUCAUAACUAGUGAUAUGCUUCUGUCAGACAUUAAAACAUGAUGUCCUUUAAUUUGACUAGGGCGCGCAUCAGAAUAAUUUUAACUGGGACGUCUUUCUACAUAUGUGGAUAUUUUGGAUUCUUAAAGAACAUCGACCUUAUCAAAAACAAAGAGCGUUCCAUAACAACAAGAAGAAACAUUACUUCUUCGGAUGGAUACUAUGAAAAAUAUGUCAGAUAUACUAAUAGCCAAAUGCAUUUUUACACCUCAAAUAUGUUGAGACACAUAGCAUUCUUGAAAGUUCAUAAAGCGGGAUCAAGUACAAUGCAGAAUAUUUUUUUCCGAUUUGGCUUAAAAUAUAAUUUGAAUGUUUUUGUUCCGAACACCGGGAAUUUUCUGCGUAGCAGAUAUCAAAUAAUACCUCUCAAAGGAAAUGACCAUUACGAUAUAAUUGCAUGUCAUACAUAUUACAAAAAUUUCAGGUUAUUUAACAUACUUCCAUCAGAUGCAGUCAAAAUUGGAAUAGUCCGUGAACCAUUAAGCAGAAUGAUCAGCUCUGCAUACUUUUAUCGCGAUAUGUCUAGGUUUCCAUAUUUGGUGAGAGUUCCAGAUUCAAAAUUCAUAAACAAUUUAGUAAAUUAUCCAGAACGAUUCGAGCGUAAAUACUUUUCCUUUACGAGAAAUGCAAUGGCCAGAGACUUCAGUUUUCCAUAUUAUCAGCCAUCAGAUAAAGCUCACAUCCAAAAGUAUCUAAACAAACUAAACGAAGAGAUUUUGCUAGUUCUAGUCCUUGAAAGAUUCAACGAGUCGCUCGUGCUAAUGAAGAGAAUUCUAAAUUGGCGAUUAACUGAUAUAAUAUACCUUGCCUCAAACACUCAUGAACACGAGCAAGUCUUUUUAAAUGAAACGGAAGUUGCAAACUUUAAGAUGACAAAUUUCUUAGACUUCGAAAUUUAUCAGUAUUUUCUGAAAGUGUUAGAGUCGAAAUUGCAGCAAGUUUCGAAAGGUUUCAAUGAAGAAGUCACAUUUUUUAAAAUAGUGCUAGAGAAGGUUUCCUUUUUUUGCACUGACUAUCAUCAAACAGAACGCCAAACGCUUGUUAUUGAAGGCUUUGAUAGAGGUGACGACAUCAUAGUUUCUGAGACAGACUGUAAGUUAAUGCAAAGAUCGGAACAGCAUUUCAUUUCAUCGCUUCGAAAAAAUCUUCUGCGAUUGCAGCGUUGAAAUGAUGUUCAAGAUUUGUCAAUAUUUUCACAGAUGAAACAUCAUGGCAUGUAAUGUCGGUACAAUAAAACCUUUUGCCGUACAUUUUGAUAGUUUAAGCAAAAUAUGUAUAAUUAGACAUAAAUUCAUUGAUGUGGAAAUUAAAAAUCACUAGCAUUCUGCAGCCUAUAUUCAUACAUACUGAUAUAUUUGUCUCAUUUUCUUUCCAGUUUGCCAGAAGCCCACAUAUUGUCAGGGACAUUGGAAUAAUAAAAUAAUUGGAAAUUGUAAAAUCCCAGCCGUCAGUGCCCAAUUCCAGACUUUGGAGUCCAUCUAUACAUAUGAUGGAGACAUGCGCAACUUUUAUUCUCCCAGUUUUGACCUCCUCUAGUGUCAGCAUUGUUCUAUAAAUUGCAUUCUUACAAAGUUAUUCUUACUGUCAAAAGGCAGAUGACUUAGCCCCUGUCAUCUCUUACUAUUUCAUUUCUUCCACAUAUUAUCCCUGGCUGUAUGAUCCAUGAUUAAAUUUCGUAUUAUUUUUUAAUUUCGACACUAACAAACUAACAUUCUUACACAAUAAUUCUUGCUUUUUUAAGACCAGGGGACUAAGCCCUUUCAGUCCGUACUACCCCAUUAUCUUCCCAGUAUUGUAUGAUCCAUGAUAAAAUUUCAUACUUUUCAAAUGUCGCCUGUUAUAAAAUUACAAUCAUGCAAAAUAUGUCCUACUACGAAAAGGCUAGGGGAUUACUACCUCGUGUAUUCUCCUUGUUAAAUGACUCAUGAUGAAAUUUCAUAUUUUUCCAAUUUUGCCACUUACAAAAUCAUAAUUUUAUCAAAUAAUUAAGAUACGAAAAGGCCGAGCCCAUUUCAGCUCUUCAUACCUUCUACCUCUCAGGUAUAUUCCAGUUGUUUUGUGAUUUAUUUUUAUAUUUUUCAAAUUUGGCCACUUAAAAAAAUACUAUAUUACAAAUUAAUUGUUACUACGAGAAGACUGGGGACUUUCAUCUCUUCCCUCAGGGUGCAAUUUAUUCAUCCUGACCUAAUUAAUUUUUGAUCCGCGCAAAUUAAAUACAUAGAGGUUUCCAGGGUACCAGAAUAAUACUUUUUUUCAGAUUUCCGGUUUCGUUCAGACUUACUUUUAUUAGUCUACGAAAUAAAGUCAUGGAUUUGUUAUCUAUGUCUCAACAUGUUUGACAGAACCACAACUAAAACCAAAAGUUUAGGACGAGCAUCGAAAAUUUUCCCAGACCAGAUUUUUUCACAAUUAAUAUGUCUAAACAUGUAUUUUUCUCGCAGAAAACAACAAACCAUUCAGUUGUAGCUGUUGUAACAUGUUUAAGAGUAUUUACAUGAGCUUCCAAUAUGAAUAGCUGUUGACAUUUGUGUCCGUCCGUAAAUCUCUAGACUUGCUACGGGGAUCGUAUAAUGGUUAUUUUCAGAAAGUUUCACCAUUUUUAAUUUAUUGUAGAAACAGUUACAGAUAAAAUAUGAAACUGAAAUAUAUUUUAUUACAAAAAAAAUAAAUGCGAAACAACAAUACAAAUAAACUAUUUCUACAAGAUUAACAAAACCUAAGGCUUAUGCUGUUCCUUAGGCAAAAGAAAGGACCUGUUACAAUUAUACAAAAUCUAUACAGAAAUGCGCUUUGUUGAAAUGAUGGAUUCCGAGAGGACUCUCUCCUUAACGGUGGCAAACGAAAUACCGAAGUCUGGACAGGCAUGGUUCAAAAGCAACCAAUGGGCAUUAAUAAGCUGUAUAGUUUUAUGAAGGAGAUGAAAACGGAGGACGAAAUUAAAUGCGACAAACGAUGAACACCCUACAGGUAAUGCAAAAAGCUAAACAUUGAAAUUAUUAUGUUAUUAUCUUAAACUUGCCUUAUAGUAUACACAUUUUUCUCCUUGGACAAAAAAAUUCUCUGCUUUGUUGAUUGUUUGUUUUUCAUCUAAAACAAAUCAUGUCUUUCCUCCAAAAAAAUCACCUCUUUAACACACAUGAAUAGAUGUAUCCAAUUUAGUCUAUUUUUCGUAUCAGUUUCUGACAAUUUUAUUUUGUAAUCCUUUCUGCUUUUGCGAUCUUCCAUUAUCAACGCACCAGACUAAAGCCGACCCCGGUAAAACAUCAAUAUUUCAAAAUUAUUGUCAGCUAACUGGAAUUGUUAGUCUGUACUGUUACUCCUACACUU